AGUAAACAUACUUAGAUAAACUUAUUUACAAAUUGAUUCGACUUAAUUUGUUGUGCAUUGUUAAUAAAGAAAAUGAAACUAAUUUCCACAAUAUUUUGUAAUUUAAUACUGAUAAACGCUGCAAUUAAUACUGAAAACGGUUACUGUGUAUCAAAGGACUCUUGUGAGGAAACAAAAAAUACAUUAUCCGACAAAAAAUGGUUAUUCUACGACGUUAAUCCACCCGAAGGGUUUAAUUUGCGACGAGACGUGUACAUGAGAUUCGCUAUAUUACUCUCCAACGAACAGAAACGAGGUAAACUGCAAGAGUUCGGCUUAGUUCUACCGCCUUGGUAUAAGCUGUACCAUUGGAAAACCACAAAAAAGAGAGAACCAAUUCCCUGGGGAAAUUUUUUCGAUAUAGAAAGCUUAAAAUCAUUCGCGCCUGUCGUUGAGUUGUACGAGAUAUUCGAAAAAUCUCUAAAAAAGCAAUUGAUAAUAGAUACGAUUUACGUUUUGCAAAACUAUGAAAAUCCUUUCGAAAAUGACCUUUUCGAAGACAAAUGGGAGGUACAGGAGGAAUGUCCGUACGUGCCACAAUACUGGGGCUACGGAAACAUAACAGCCAACGAGAUAAUCUGUGUUAAAUUUCAAGGAAAAAUUUCCAUGUUACCGGAACUUUUUCAGUUACACCGUAAUGACAAAUUCAUAAUGGUGGCCCAGGGUGAAAUACCUCUACACGAUAAUUAUGGCGACCGAACAUACUGGAAAUGCAGGAAAAGUAUGAAAUUCAAUAAGAAACUAACUGAAAUUGCUUUUAAUUACGUUAAAGAAAAAUUAAAUUGUGAUACAGAGCUGUGCAAAAACUAUUUAGGCGUGCACUGGAGGAGACAGGAUUUUGCUAAAUACAGGAGCAAAGACGUACCAACAACGUCUGGAACGGUCAAGCAAAUCCAAAACAUAAUGCAAAACAAACUUCCUCAUGUGCAAACAGUUUUCAUAGCUACAGACGCAUCGGCCAAAGAAAGAGAAAUACUCCAGAAUAAUCUAGAAACUUUAGGUUAUAACGUACAUUAUUAUGUACCUAAUAUAGCUGAAGUUACCGAAUUUGAUGAUGGUACUAUUGCGAUAUUAGAACAAAUAAUUUGUUCACAUGCUGCCUUCUUUGUGGGCACACAUGAAAGUACCUUUACAUUCCGAAUACAAGAGGAAAGGGAGUUAUUAGGGUUUCCUAGUGAUACUACGUUCAAUAGGCUGUGCCCCGACAAAGGCAAUUGCGAAAAGCCAUCCCGUUGGACUGUAGUGAAUUAAAUAAUGUGAUCAGGAUUCAUAGAUGAUAGUAAAACUUAAAAACUAUGUUAGAGUAAACAAAGCUUCUACAUAAAUAUAUGUAAAAAAAAUGAAAUAUGAUUCUCACUAUUAUAGAUACAUUAUAUUUUAAAUUCAGAUAAGUUAAAAAAACAAAAAUGUACAAGGCAAGAAUGAGUACAGCUGGACUUUAAAUUCUCUGAAUAUACUUGUAAAUCAACCCUGACUACUGGUGACAAGGUAUAUAGUUAGUCCGUACAAGUAUAUACCACCAUCCAGUUUAAUUCUGUAGCCAAACAGUCAUCUGGUCUAUUUUGAAGUAGGAUAUUAUCAUAAUACAAUACAAUAGAACUUUGAUUUAAUAUUGUGACACUGACUUUUCGUUGUUAGGUCUUUAAUUUUUAUACAUAACACUACACCGGGUAGGUUGUGAGCUCGUUCACCCAUAUAGGCAAUAAAACAAGUAUAUUAUGCAGUUUUGAAUUCAUUAUUAUAAAUUAGAAUAGAACAAAGACCUAUGUUAGAUUAUUUAAUGAUGCAUCAACCGUCACUUCUAUAAUGUAUCGGUGCACAGUUCAAUGGUGUACCGUUUCAAGGAAUAUCUCUAGAUUCCAUGUGGUGACUUGCUUGAUAGAUAACCCUGGAGGCAGUGUACUUUAUAUUCUGUUUCAUAAAAAUGUUACUUCAAUUGUUUUUAAGACAGAUGUAAUGUUUGAGACGCUAAAAAAUGUUUCAUGUGAUAUUUAUGUAAUUAAUACCAAAGAUUAAAUUAUCAACUUUUUUAUUAGUUUUAUUUUCUGUUUUGCUAUUGAUAGUACUUAUAUACGAAGGUCGUCCACCAUCUCCUAUA